AUGGCCUCAAGGGCUAUCCUCAGGAGGAGGAAGGACAUUCUACGGCACACUAAUGUGCCUAUUUUGUCCCCUUCAUUCACUAGCACAAUUGGGCAAGGACAAUUUGGUUGUGAGGUUGAUCAUCAAAGAUCUAGUGAGGAUGAGAAGCAGAAGCAACAAAAAAAGGAGGCAUCCCCCGAAGAAUGUGAUCAGGCAGUGGAAGGAUUAAGCACUGCAAAAGCAAAAGCUAAGCUGGAGGAAGUGCAAAAGGCUGACCAAUCAGUGGUACAGAAAUUCUGGGCAAAGCUUCUGGGUAUUGGCCCUGCUUUACGACUUAUUGCUUCAAUGAGCAGAGCUGAUUGGGCUGCAAAGCUGAAGCAUUGGAAGGAUGAAUUUAUUUCUACACUGCAGCAUUAUUGGUUGGGCACUAAGCUACUCUGGGCAGAUGUUAGAAUCUCAUCAAGGCUGUUAGUGAAACUUGCUAGUGGAAAGAGCCUCACAAGACGAGAGAGGCAGCAGCUCACACGCACAACAGCAGAUCUAUUCAGGCUAGUACCUUUUGCAGUUUUUAUUAUCGUUCCAUUCAUGGAACUCUUGUUGCCAGUGUUCCUCAAGUUGUUCCCAAACAUGUUGCCAUCCACUUUCCAGGACAAGAUGAAAGAAGAGGAGGCCCUAAAAAGGAAACUGAAAGCAAGGAUGGAAUAUGCAAAGUUUUUACAAGACACUUCUAAAGAAAUGGCAAAGGAAGUUCAAACAUCACGUAGUGGAGAAAUGAAACAGACUGCUGAAGAUCUGGAUGAGUUCUUGAAUAAGGUUAGGAAAGGUGGGCAUGCCUCCAAUGACGAAAUAUUGAGCUUUGCAAAGCUAUUUAAUGACGAGCUGACUUUGGAUAACAUGAGCAGACCUCGACUUGUUAAUAUGUGUAAAUACAUGGGGAUCCAACCUUUUGGCACAGACCACUACUUGCGAUUCAUGCUUCGAAAGAAACUACAAGACAUUAAGAAUGAUGAUAAGAUGAUUCAAGCUGAGGGUGUGGAGUCUCUUUCUGAAUAUGAGCUUCGACAAGCAUGUCAUGAGCGUGGGCACCUUGGUUUGUUGUCAACAGAGGAGAUGCGCCAACAGCUCAGAGACUGGCUGGAUCUAUCACUCAAUCAUUCUGUGCCAUAUUCUCUUCUAAUACUCUCAAGAGCUUUUACUGUGUCUGGUAAAAUGAAACCUGAAGAGGCCGUUGUAGCAACCUUAUCUUCCCUGCCAGAUGAAGUUGUCGAUACAGUUGGAACUGUACUGCCUUCUGAAGAUUCUGUUUCAGAGAGGAAGAGAAAAUUGGAAUUUCUGGAGAUGCAGGAAGAACUUAUCAAGGAAGAGGAGAAAAGGCAAGAGAAAGAAGACAAGGCAAAACUGGAGGAGCCUAAGGCCACUGAAGAAGAUUUGGCUUUGAAGGAAAUGACUGAGCCUACUGUUAGGGAGGAAGAAGAACUAAAGAAAGCGAAAACGCAUGAUAAGAAAGAGCAGCUUUGUAAUAUCAGUCAAGCAUUGGCUGUGCUUGCAUCUGCUUCUUAUGUUACCAAGGAGCGACAAGAGUUUUUAAGCCUUGUCAACAAGGAGAUAGAACUAUAUAACAAUAUGCUCGCAAAGGAGGGUACAGAUGGUGAAGAAGAAGCCAGGAGAGCAUACAAGGCUGCUAGGGAGGAAUCAGACCAUGCUGCAGAGGCAGCUGUGGGAGUAAAGGUCUCUUCAGCUUUGAUUGAUAGGGUUGAUGCUAUGCUUCAAAAGUUAGAAAAGGAGAUUGAUGAUGUUGAUGCUCGAAUUGGCAAUCGUUGGCAGCUGCUGGAUAGGGACCGUGAUGGCAAGGUGACUCCUGAAGAGGUGGCUGCAGCUGCAAAUUAUCUCAAAGACACCAUAGGAGCAGAAGGCGUCCAGGAGCUUAUCAGCAAUCUUUCUAAAGACAAUGAAGGGAAUAUCCUUGUGGAAGACAUUGUGAAGCUGGCGUCACAAACAGAGGAAAACAAUGAACUUGAAGAAACGGCACGAUGA